AUGAGUUCCCGCCGAAAGGCUAAGCCUGCAUGUGGAGGUGGUGAUUGUCCAGUACAUGGGAGUACAGCAAAUGAUGACACAGAAAGUGUCAGUACGGUCAAAGAAGAACCAGUCAGUACGGCCACUGAAUCAACAAAGAGUGCGAUUAAAGAAGAGAAGAGUGAAACGGAGGAAUCGAAAGUUGAAGGCUUUGUUAGUGAGGAUAAUGAUGAUAAUGUAAGUUUUAAAAUAAAGUCGUAAAGACAUAUAAGUGUGACAUUAUGUAUAAGACAAAGGUGAUUUUGAGCUAAAAUAAGGUUGGUUAAAAGAUACGGUAAUACAGUUCUUGGCUAUCUAGUGUACGGUAGGUAAGGGCUUUAUAAGGCAGAAUACGGUAGGGUAAAGCGGUAAUUGGUUACGUAGGUCUAGUUAAGGAAUACGGUGGAGUAAGGCUACGUUACAGUAUGUAUAAGAUAUACAUAAGAGCUGGUUAAGAGCACCAGCAGCCAGGGCAGGGUGAGGACUAUUGAUCUGGAGGCGGGGGUCUAAAAAAUUCACAGGGGGGAGGAACCACGUCCAACUUUUUUUAAAAGUUUUUUUCUGUGCCCUUUCAGUAGCAUAGGUAUAAUUAAAACAUACGUUGGGGUAUUAAUACAGUAAGUUAUAUUAGGGUGAGGUAUAUUUUAGUAUAUUUUUUUAACAUAGAGUACGGUAAGCUAAGGCAUUAUUAAGUAGAGUUAGUGAUAAGAGCAGGGUAAAGAAAGGUAAAACUUAAGUAGCAUAAGGCUUUUUAAAGAAUAUUUUAUGGUGUAGUAACUUUAGGGUAGAGUAAGGCUAGAGUAUAGUAUAUAGAAACUGAUCGAAAGUUAGUUUUGACAUAUUAAAACAACAUCUACAUAAGACUGAAGAUGUUCAAUAAUUUCAGAUCAGCUCAACAGAAAUUGAUGUAUCACAUCUUUCCAAAGUUGCACUUUGUAUCCAUAGCCACAAAACCAAAGUGGAAGCCACUUUUCACUACAACGAUGAAACCAAAGACGAAUUUGUUGGAAAUUUCAAAUUUCUAAAGAAGAAUAUUGGUGUGCUGAAUGAAGCAAAUUGUCAGUUUGUGGUUUCAGUUGUCAUAAAUCACAACUGUGUAUGGGAUGUUUCAGGACUUGACAAAAUUGCUCAGUUUCUUUUGGGUGAGUCGGUUUUUUGGAUUUGUUUUAGGGGUGUCCGUCGAUCUCGAGCUGUAUCCUUGUACAUGGGGCCCUCUCUGGGGGUGGGGGUCCAAAAAAUCGGCACAGGUAGCACCUUUGCUGAUUUUUUGCAAACAAUUUUUUUGGAAAAUCCACAGGGGGACCACGUUCAACUUUUUUCGAAAUUUUUUUUGGGGAGGACGGGGGGCUUUCCCCCCUCCCCCCCCUCCAUCCACCCUAGCGCCCGGCCUUGCAUGAGGCAGAAUCAGGUAUCUGUUUUUGUAAGGCCAAAACAAGCAUGGUUAAUAUUGUCAAAAGUUAUAAAAUUCACAAGGAAAGUGCCCGACCUGCCCUGUUCUGGUUGACUUCAAACUUUUUAUAAAGAAAGAUCAUGUAAAUAUAAGAUCAUCGGCAAAGUACUAGAUAGCGCUUUCUAGGAAAUCUCGAGAAAUUCGAAAUUAUAAAGUUACAAUUUGAAUUUCCCGCCAAAUUGGCAUUGUGUUUCAGGCUUAUAACUCCGUCAUUUUUUUGAAUUUAAGUCAUUUUUCUUUGAUAUACUAGUAGAAUAUCUUUAAAUAAACCCACAUUUUUGAAGUGGUAAGUGUAGCUUGUCUAAAAAGUCAAAAAAAGAGCUUGAAACACAAUGCCAAAUUUGUCAAAUUGGAGAGAGACCCUAAUAUUUCAAAUUUAAAACGCAAAAGCGAGAGCUAAAAUUUUUUUAUGGGUAAUAUUGGUAUUACAAGGAAUUCAUAUAAAAAUUUUGAGCUGAUUUUGAGUAAGGCAGGUUAGGUACUUUCUUUGUUGAUGUCUUUUUUUGUGAACGUUCUUAAAAAUUUUUUUCGUAAUUUGUUACCUAAACUAAUAUUUUAUAUAAAUUUUUUUAACUUUUAGCCACUCUACCAGCGAUCGACUUUGAAGUAGAUUCGAUUCAAACAGUGCCUCCCAUAGUACCAUUCGUCAAGUUCUACAAAACUCUUCAUCCCAUCGUUCAACAAACGCAAAUCGACGGUCCGGUCUUUUUAACGCAUUGCGAGGGCGUUGAAAUCAAAUACUUGAAGAUUAAAAGAGGAAACCUGCCUUAUUCUUACUGUAGGUUUUUUAAUUAUUUGAGAGCAAUGUAGAGUACGGUAUUCUAGUACUAUUAUAUCAGGGUUAUUGUAGGAUUUGGUAGAGUAGGAUUGAAUACUAUAUUCUAGUACUAGUUAAGAGGUACAUUAGGAUGUGAUACAGUAGAGUAAGGUAGGGUAUGUUAUUGUAGGAUAUAGUAAGCUAGGACUUUGCACAGUACGGUAGGGUUUAAAAGAGUAUAGCAGGGUAUAGUAUCCUAGUAUUAUUAUAUAAGGGAUACAGUAGAGUUUGGGUAACGUGGGGUAGAAUACGGUAUUCUAGCACUAGCUAAGAGGUACAGUAGGGUAUGGUCUUGCAGGCAAUGGUAAGCUAGGACUUUGCAAAAUACGGUAGUAGUAGUAAAACAUACGGUAGUUUGUUAGGUCACAACAGAAUAGAGUACGAUGAGGUAGAAGACGGUAGGCUAAGCCAGUAAAGAGUACGGUAGAGUAUGUUAGUGCAGACUACGACAGUAGGUAUUGUGUAGUGAGCUAAGAAGUACGGCAAGCUUUGAUAAGGUAAACUAAGGAUACGGUAUGGUAUUUUAAGGCUGUCAUAAGCUCUACCGUACUCUACCAUAACAAACCCUAGUUCGUCUUACUGAUAAUUCUUUACUAUACUUUUUUUAGUUUGGAGAGCCAUAAAAUACAUAAAAGUUCUGGAUGUUGGUUGUGUGAACAACUAUCGCGCUGAUUUUGUCCCAGAUGAUACUGAACUUUCAUCAUCCGAUCUGGAUGGUUUUGAGUGUGAACCGAAUGUCAUUGAGACUCUAAAGAAGAAGUUUGCAAACACCAACGACGAUAAUCAAACACCUGAAGCAACAGUUAAUUGUAAAAAGUAUAUUGACAGCACGAAUCAUUCACGUAAGUUUUUUAAGUCUACGCCCAAAUCUACCCUACCUUACCCUACCUUAUAUGCCUUAUCCUACCUCUACCUCCCAAUCUACUCCUACUUCUACUGUACUAAAUACUCUCGUAUCUCUAUAUCCGGCUUUACCAUACUCAUCUAGGACUUUGUGUUCUACGGUAUCAUACUGUACCCUACCUUAACAUACUUCCUUCUCCUUUUCAAUUCAUUGUAAUUUUUUGUAAAUAUAGGUAUGACUUACGAGUUGUUCGCCCACAUUGAUAGUAUGUUCAACUUGUUUGAUCGUGUACUAAACUGGAACCGUGAUCAACACGACAUACUCAUCAAUUUUGAAAUUGCAUAUGAUGGCUUUUUUAACAACGGAUUGGAAAAGGAAAUCACCAAACUUACUGGAUACUAUGCUCGCUACGAAGAUGAGAAGAUUCGCCUCGAACUAAAACAAUUCAAUGUGUGCUUGAAGCUGGUGGUGAAAGAGAAAACCCAACUGGAUUCUGCAUAUUAUUUUGAAUCUCCCAAACUGAAUGGUUCUUAA